CUAAAGCAAUAAUUUAUAAAACGUCCCCAUGAGUCAGUCCCCUGCCCUGCCUCGCCUCUCACACCCGUAAUUUCUCAAAUCUCUGAUGCCACACACCACCACCGCUGUCACCGAGAAAACAAGACAAGACAAAAUAAAACCAAACAAUAUGGAUGGACCCAUCUUCGUGAUUGAAGCAUCCGAAGCCGAAUCGAUGGCGAAACAAUCAGGCCUCACGGUCCUCCAGCUCCUCCCCACCCUAGUCAAAUCGGCGCAGGCCUUGGCUCGCCCGUCAAUCUCCAAUUACCGCGUGGGCGCCGUCGGUCUCGGAUCCUCCGGCCGCAUCUUCUUGGGUGGCAAGGUCGAAUUCCCCGGCCUCCCUCUCCAUCAUUCUGUCCACGCCGAACAAUUCCUCAUUACCAAUCUCACUCUCAAUGCGGAGCCCUCCCUAAAAUACGUUGCUGUAUCCGCCGCCCCUUGUGGUCACUGCCGUCAAUUCUUUCAGGAAAUCCGCCACGCCCCUGAUAUACAUAUCCUCAUCACGGGUGAUAGUAAUAGUAACCACAAUUACAAGAAUGAUUUAGCAAAUGAAGAACAAUUUGAGCCCAUGUCUUGUCUUUUACCGCACAGGUUCGGACCUGAUGAUCUUUUGGGUAAGGAUGUUCCCUUGCUUUUGGAGCCCCAUCAUAAUAACUUGUCGUUUCUAGGUGAUGACAAGUUACCAAAUGGUGUUAGUGCUACCUUUGAAGAUCUGAAAAAUGAGGCUUUAGAAGCUGCCAAAAAGUCUCAUGCACCCUAUACUAAUUGCCCAUCAGGGUUGGCCUUGAUGGAUUGUGAAGGGAAGGUGUUCAGAGGAUCAUAUAUGGAGUCUGCUGCCUAUAAUCCCAGCAUGGGCCCGGUGCAGGCGGCUUUGGUGGCAUAUGUGAUGGGAGGGAAGGGUGGUGGCUUAGACAGGAUUGUUGCUGCUGCGUUGGUGGAGAAGCAAGGGGCUCAGGCGAGACAGGAGCAGACGGCGAGAUUGCUUUUGAAGGAAAUAUCGCCAAAGUGUGAGUUUAUGGUGUUCCAUUGUGUUUCCAAUUCCGGUUCCCGUCCCAGUUUCAACAAUUUUAAUUGAACAUUGCUGGUACAUAAAGCUGCCUCAUUUAUUGGUCAAUAAGAGAUGCAGAUGAUUUGGAUUGAAUUAAUCAAUCCAUAGAAUUAAUAAUGUUUUCUUUCUCUUGCUAGCAAGCUUUAGAUUUUUCGGUGACAAAAUCUGAUGAUGCUUGACGUUUUCUUCAAUUGAAUAAGAAAAAUUUGCAUAUUUAGCAGUCAA